AUCCUGCUUAUGGAGACCUUACCCAUUAUUUUCGCUGCAACUAUUAUCACGCUGUUGACUGUGUUGUAUCUUUGUUUUAAACCUGCUCCCUAUGGAAAAUUCACACCAUCCGGUGGGGUUUUUUCUGCUUUCAAAAUCAACAGCAAGCUAGCAUGGCUACUUCAAGAGUGCCCUGCAUUUUUGAUUCCCUUUUACAUCAUUGCCUUUAAAUAUUCCACUCUUACACCUAUGUCUUUACUGGGACUUGGACUGUUUUCUCUGCAUUAUUUCAAUCGAUCUUUCAUCUUUCCGAUGUUGAUAAAAAGCAGUAGAGAUACUCCAAUUGAAACAUGCUUAAGUGCAUUUGCCUUCUGCUGUUUCAACGGUUGGCUGCAAUCCACAAGCAUCAUCGAAAGCAACCAUCAAACAAGAGAUACGUACGCUUCUGGUCUAGGAUUUAUCCUCUUCUUUAUUGGAAUGUACAUAAACAUAUCUGCUGAUGAACAUCUGCGGGAGCUAGCUGCUCAGAGGGUGGGGAACAGGUAUCUCACGCCCCUCAAAGGGAUGUUUCAAUAUGUUUCUGCAGCUAACUACUUUGGUGAGAUAGUGGAGUGGUUUGGGUUUGCGCUACUGUUACAAACUCCAGGUUCAGCCUGGUUCUCUCUUUUCACUACACUGUUUCUUGGACAACGUGGAUACCAGACUCACAAAUAUUAUCUUACUAAAAUUGACGAUUACCCAAAGAGUCGCAGCUCUGUUUUCCCAUUCUCUGGAUUUUAGUUGGACUAGCUUGUUUUGUGGUUAAUCACUCACAAAUUAGAAAAAGUGAAACCUCUUUCAGAUACAGAACAGAAUUUU